UAGCAGAGAAGAUAUAAAAGGAAUGCAGACGGGAUUGUUUUGUUUUUUUUUUGUUUGAUUUGCAUAGCUGAAUUUCCUUUUUUUCCCUUCAUUCUUAUCUCCCAAUAUGCUUUUCACAAGAGUUUUCCCCAGAGUCGCAUUACCACGCCCUGUCGUGGUACCUCUUCGCUCCUUUAACAAAGUGUCGUCCAUUACACAUGCUCCUGUACCUAAAGGAGCCUACGUGGACCGCCAUGUAGCGGAAGAAUUAGAACAGCCAAUGAAAGGUCUAACACAAGAAAUUGGUUAUUGCGAAAAAGAGAGUCAGCACGGGGUUCAAACACGAAGAUUGGCCGGUCUUCUGGAUUUCAAUGCCCAUAAAAUUAAACACAGUGAAAAAGCACGCGAUACAGCACGCUUGACUGAUGCUUUUCAAUCGUUGAUCCUGCAAGACGUAGCAAUGCAUCAUCGUCUCGUAAAAAACCCGCUCACAUCCAAAGCGGCUGCGGCCGUGACCGUUGAUCCUGCACACGGCACCAAUGUAUUCCGUGGCAGUGGACGUCUGACUUUUGAAGACAACGUAGUAGCUGACAUUUGCUCUCGCUUGUAAAAUGAAAUUCUUUACUCUUAGGAUGUUUUCCGUUUAUUUCCUCCCCCAGAACUUGUACUUUCUUUGACCUCAAUCUUUCCUUCUUAUGAAUACUAUUACCCACCUAUGCGAAUAAAAUAACAAGCAAC